CCGAGCGAGGCGGCAUCGCCAAAACUUGUGCUCCGGGCUCCGCAGCGACUCCUGCCGCCAUGUCGGAAGCCGCUCCUGCCGAGACCGCCGCUCCGGCGCCUGCCGAGAAGUCCCCCGCCAAGAAGAAGGCGGCCAAGAAACCGGGCGCGGGCGCGGCGAAGCGCAAGGCCGCCGGGCCCCCGGUGUCCGAGCUGAUCACCAAGGCCGUGGCCGCCUCCAAGGAGCGCAACGGGCUCUCGCUGGCCGCGCUCAAGAAGGCGCUGGCGGCGGGCGGCUACGACGUGGAGAAGAACAACAGCCGCAUCAAGCUGGGCCUCAAGAGCCUGGUGAGCAAGGGCACCCUGGUGCAGACCAAAGGCACCGGCGCCUCGGGCUCCUUCAAGCUCAACAAGAAGGCGGCGUCCGGCGAGGCCAAGCCCAAGGCCAAGAAGGCGGGCGCGGCCAAGCCCAAGAAGCCCGCGGGCGCCACCCCCAAGAAGCCCAAGAAGGCCGCGGGGGCCAAGAAGGCGGUGAAGAAGACGCCCAAGAAGGCCAAGAAGCCCGCGGCGGCGGCCGUCAAGAAGGUGGCCAAGAGCCCCAAGAAGGCCAAGGCUGCGGCCAAGCCCAAGAAGGCGGCCAAGAGCCCCGCCAAGCCCAAGGCUGUGAAGCCGAAGGCCGCCAAGCCCAAGGCUCCCAAGCCCAAGGCCGCCAAGCCUAAGGCCGCGAAGGCCAAGAAGACGGCCGCCAAGAAGAAGUAAGAAGCUGCGCCGUCCGGCCACCGACCAAGCCCCAAAGGCUCUUUUCAGAGCCACCCAGAGACCUCUGGAGGGAGCUGUCUGUCCACCCUUCGCUCGUGUCCAGCCAGUCUCGCACGUAGCUAUGUGGGCUUCGAGUGCCCUACCAUUCCACGCAGUGCAGUGUCCCCCCACUCGCCUGUCGGGGGUAGCCCUCGCCACCUGGCCCCGGGGGACGUUGGCUCUCCAGGAGCGGUUUCCAUGGCUCUGAAAAGAGCCUUCGGCGCGGGCACAAGCCGACGCGCAGCUUUAAGCUUGUUGCGGAUGGCCAGCUGCAGGUGCGCGUCUUGUUGCGCACUGCGUAGCCCGCCAGCUCCAGGGUCUCGGCCGCCAGGUGCACGGGCGCCCCCCCCCGCUCCGCGCGGUUGCCCUUGCGCAGCAGCCGGUGCACGUGGCCCACGGGGAACUGCAGCCCGGCCCGGGAGGCCGCGUCUUGGCCUUGAUGCGCACCUCGCCUCUGCCUGCCGCGUCCGGACAUAGUUAAAUACGCAGCCGAAAGCUGCAGGUAGAAAGUAGAUUAUGUUGCUGCUUCUGCUGAGCGCGAAGAGGUGGCCGUGCGAUUGGCUCCUGCGCUGUUUUCAUUUAGGCCAAUGGAAUAGGGUGAUGUAGGGUAGAGCCUUCGAUUGGGUGACGCGUAUGUGACGCAGUCGCGGACAGCUAGCUGCCUUGUGUUCUGUGCAUAGCGUCCCGUAAAUGAAGAGCCGUGGCGGGCUCUUCUCGCCGCCCUCCGUAGGCUGGUUUGUCUUUGCGUCUCCCUCUUGCCAGGAGCUAGGCUGCUAGCUCACCACCAAGGGCCAGUGCAGGCGCAUCCACGUACAAGGCACACCAGCAGGAGCACCCCGACGCCGGCCACUAGUCCUAUGCCUCGGGCGUCAUGACAUCGGGGACCUAGCUUUAAUCGGCACAAAGAUGAACUAGUGAUGCUGAAGUCGAGAAG